AUGUGUGUUUUGAUCCUGGGUGCAGGGCUGAUGGGUGCUGGUAUAUCCCAGGUAUCAGUACAUAAAGGCCUGACUGUCAUCCUAAAGGACACCACAGAGGAGAGCAUCAGCAGGGGACAUGAACAGGUCUACAAAAGUCUCGACACUAAGGUGAAGAAGAGAGCCUUGACAUCAUUUGAGCGUGACGUCACAAUGUCCAAUCUCUCAGUCCAGCUAGAAUCUGGUUUCCUGUCUGCUGACAUAGUGAUAGAGGCCGUGUCCGGGGACAUCAAUAAAACACAAAGUCCUCAAGGUGGUGGAGGCGGUCCGUUCAGGUCCGUAGACUCGAUGGGCGCAGAGCGUCUUGUGAGCAUCAUGAGGCGUUUCGAGGAUGUUUAUGGAAACCGAUUGGCACCCUGCCAGCUUCUACUGGACCACGCCAAAGACUCCAGCAAGAAGUUUUAUGAAUGGCCACUGAAGCUCAAUGCACAGAUGACGAACAACGGAUGA